AUGCAACCGUUUCCGCGGAGUCGAAACCCGGUCAUCUUCCGCCGCCUCAACAAGUCAGCUGCAGUGACUCAAUCUCACGGCAUCCCACACCUCCUCUCCUCCACCCGUUCAUCAUCCUCAUCGUCGUUCCCUUCACUCCACCAGAGACACGAUAAAAAAGCAAGGGGCCUCCCAAACAGUCUUGUCUCACCAUCAAGAUUCAACACCAACACCUACACCUUCACCACUUUGUCCAGAAACCAAAAAGCAACCAUGGCCCCUUCGAAGCUGAGCACCUGGUUUCCCCAUGUCAAGGCGCCCGUCAUCAUAAACGCGCCCAUGCUUGGGGCCGCCGGCGCUGGUUUGGCGACUGAGGUCCACAAGGCCGCAGGAUUCGGUUUCAUUGCUGCAGGCUUCGACUUCUCUGAGUCGUCCGCCCAGAUCAAGGACAUGGAAGCCGCGCUCACACAGGCCCGGUCAAUUCUCUCCUCGGACGGAGUUCUGCCUCUGGGCGUGGGCUUCAUCACUUCCCACGAGACGGCCGGCCUUUUCGUCUCCAAUGUGCUCCCUGUUCUCGUCCGCCACCGCGUUGCGGCUGUCUGGCUGUUCGCCCCGCAUGCGGAACUCAAGCCACACGCACAGAUUAUUCCUGCUCUGCGAAAGGAGGGAAUCAAGGUGUUCGUGCAGGUCGGCAACGUUGCGGCGGCGCGCGAGGCGGCCGUUGAUGGGGCCGACGUGAUUGUCGCCCAGGGCGUCGACGCGGGCGGCCACCAGUUUUCCCGCGGGUGCGGCGUUGUGGCACUGGUUCCUGAAAUCAAAGCGCUACUCGCCUCCGAGUUCGCCUCCAAGGAGAUUGUGGUUGUCGCGGCGGGCGGUAUCGUAGAGGGUUCUGGUGUUGCUGCCGCGUUGGCGCUGGGGGCUGAGGGUGUGGUGAUGGGCACGCGGUUCGUUGCGACGAACGAGGCCAUGUCUUCGCAGUUGCACAAGGAGCUGCUCGUGAAGACAAAGGACGGAGGCGUGAGUACCUGGAAGCACGAGUUUCAUGACAAGCUGGUGGACAGCAAGCUCUGGAAGCCGGGUUAUGAUGGGAGAGCGAUUGUUGGAGAUAUUCACCGCGAGUAUCACGUUCUAGGGGGUAAGACGGCGACGGUUGAAGAGAGCCGGGAGAGGCUCAAGACGGGCUGGGGUGAGCAGGAGGGCAAGGAUAUGAUUGGUAAGUGGUCGGGUGCCGGAGUUGGUCUCAUCAACGAGAUCAAGCCAGCCGGGGAGGUUGUUGUUGAGGUUAGGGAGGCAGCAAGAAAGAGAAUCCAGGAGCUAGCUGGGUUGGUAUAG